UUUUCUUUUGUGGUUUCCGCUUGGUAGUUAGCCAUGGGUCGUCCGCGCAGCAUUGAGAUCAACCAAUUGGUGGAGGUGUUGCCCAAUAAGCAGUAUUGUCGCUGCAUUCUCUGCGACAAGACGCUCAGCGGGGCCGUCAGAAGCAACAUCAAACGGCACUACGAGCGACUCCAUCCGGAAGUAGCGCUGCCCAAGCCCAAGAAGCGGAAAUAUUUAGGCCAACUGAAGCUUCCGAAAAAGGUUAAGAACGAGGAAAUAGAUCAUACCGGGAAGGUGACCAAGUUGAAGAAUCGCGUGCGCAAGUGCAUUGUGGACUGGAAUCCAGACGUGGUCCAGUCGCUCAUCGACAAUGUGAGGAAGAACGAGAACUUGUGGAACCCGAGCCACUGCUUCUACAAGGAUCGCAUCAUCACCCGUAAUUCGUGGGAGAGCGUCGCCACCAUCAUCGAGGUGCCAAAGAGCGAAACGAUUCUCAAAUGGCAUUCCAUACGUUCCAGCUACAGAACCCAUUUGAAGAACAUUCAGGAGGGCCGAUCCGGGCAAUCGCUUAAGGAAAAGAAGACUAACCCCAUCUAUGCCCAGAUGUCGUUUCUAGAUGCCAUCAUGAAAUUUCCAUCCGCAGUUGCCAAAACAAGUACCCUAUUGGAGAAGACUCUGCCCAUUAGGAAGCAGAAACAGCAAACGUUAUCUUUCCAACCGAGCCCGAGAUCCAGCAAUCGCAUUUGGGAUGAUAGUCUUAGGAAGAUGGAGCCCAUCCAGGCGCUAAUAGCUGGCAAGCUGAUCAGCAGUAUCCUAAUCCAAGGUCAACUUGGUCAAUUGACUAUGAGCAGCUAUAUAUCGCACUCGAGUCCCCUGCAUCUGCCGACCUAUCAGCUACCUCGACUUGGACGUCCGAUGUUUGAAUAUGUUGACAGAGAGGAUUACGUGAACAAUCAGCAUAAUACGGAUAUAAGCCUGACCAGCAGCAGCGAGACGGAUGCAGACAUCGCAGCAAACAGCACGAGUCAAAGUCAAAGUCCAUGCGAAUCAUUGAUGCCCAUGCCGGAGGCAUGCCCCAACGAGUUUGACGACGACACCUCCAGUGGCAAUGGGCAAUUUGAGAGCGUGGACAUUGGCAAGGAGGAGCUGUGCGAGGUGGUGCACUCGCCGGAUGGCCUCAACGACUCCAGCGAAUCGUACAUCUAUCCCGAUAAUCAUCAGCUCGACGAGGAUCCAUUUCAUGCCACGGCGGGAGCGCAUGCCUCCACCUCGACCUCGUCGGCCCAGGGCCAAUGCAAUCCGAACGCCUUGGCCAGCUCGUUACAGGCGGCCAACGAUGACGCCAGCUUUCUGCAGUAUCUGAGCGAUAAGUUCGGCAAAUAUAACUCCUAUACCAAAUACACUGUACAAUAUCAUAUCAAUCGCAUAUUGUAUAAGGCCGAUAUGGGUUGCUAUGAUAAUGCCGACGCCUCCAAAUUGCCCGAUUCGUUUCCCUAAGGAAGCCAACUCCAUUGAGUCUAAAGCACAACAUGCCAAGUAUAUCUUGAAUAUGUAGUAUAUAUAAUAUAGAUGAUAUCCAGCUGAUAUCUGAAUAAUAAAAGUCUAUCUUCUAU